GCGCGGGAGGAGGGGGCCGAACUCCUAGUGCAAUUGUCCCCUAGUCCCAGAGCGGGAGGGGAGGAGAAAGGGGGUUGGUGCAAACUAGUGCACUUGUCCUCCAACUCGGUGUGUGUGUGUGUGUGUGUGUGCGUGCAAACUCCUGCACUAGUGCACUUGUCCUUCAGCGCGGGGUGUGUGUGUAAACUGCACUAGUGCACUUGUCCCCCCAGCUCAGGAGCUACAGCCGGAGCCGGGUCCUAGGGCUGGGUGGUGAAAGCUCUUAGUGCAGUUUGUUGACCCCAAUCCCUUCCAAAGCAGCGGCACGGCUGGCAGAGCAGUAUCCAGCGGCUGCUGUUACCCCUAAUUCUCUCCCCACCGCACCUUCCUCCCCCAGUAAAGAAUCCGAGGCUGCAGUUGGUGGUGGGUGGAUAUGCAUCCUGGUGCAGCUGCUUCUGGAGUGGCGCACGCUAGUACUGUUCCCCAUUCACCCCCCCCAAAGGGGUGCUGAAGUGGCGCGCUGUUGCAUUUGCCCCUUCUCUCGCCCACCACCCCACUCAAAAGCAAGAGACGUUUUGUUUUAAAAAACAAUUUAAUGUUGGCUGCGUGUAAACCCGAGAUGCCUUCUUAGCACCCCCCCUCUUUUUUUCCAACUAGGGAUGCUAAUUUUAAUGCCCUAUUACACAUUUUGCAACAGGUUUUUUAAUUUUAAUUUUCUCCCUUCCCUCCCAACUCAGUCCUCGGGUGCAUCCGAAGGAAGUUUAAAUGCUAUAAAAGGUUAGAGAGCACAACCGCUGGCCACGAACAACUCCUGGAGGGGCUGGCAAUCCGGGGGUGAGAAUGGGAUGGGGACUCAGUGCUACUGGGGUUGAGAAAUGCUGCAGUCCCCUUGACCCUGCCCUGUGACUGACCCUGCAAAGCAACUCACUCGCCCUCUGCGCAUGCUCCGGGUUGGACAGCUCCUGAGAGGGAAAUUUAAAAACGGUUUGGAGACUGAAACUGCAGCCAAAUUACAAAGAGAGAGAUCCCUUUAGACCAGAGAAGUGCAGCAGCCGCAGAUCUCACUCCAGGUACCAUCCUGCAAGGAGAUGAUAGAAAGUGACAUUACAUCCAUGAUGUCAGGAAUCAUUAGAAAUUCAGGGCAAAAUCAUCACCCCUUGCCACAGGAAUACAGACUCUUGGCUUCUGCCCCCUCCCAGUUGAGUGAAGACCUUCCAAGCGACUUGCAGUCCUUGUCAUGGCUGACCUCUGUUGAUGUUCCUCGCUUACAACAGAUGGCUAGUGGAAGAAUGGACUUCAGCAUCAGCUCUCAGGAGUCAAUGCUGCAGCAGACAGGUCCUGUGCCAGGUAAUAUGCAUUCAACAGGUGCUCCAGGAGCAAUGAUUCAGGUGCAGGCCAGUCUGCCACAGGGAAUUCUGGGACUGAAUACGAUUACAUCGCAUGGAGCAAAUAUGAGCCAGUACACAGUCGGAGGGCAGCCAUCUCCUAGUUUACAGUCACAGCACCCGCUUUUCCCUGCUUCUCAUUCACAGCAAGUGUUUGCCAUCGCACAGAAUGCGCAACAGUGUAACCCAGCUGCAAUAUACAAUGCAUCCUAUGGACCCCAUCCUCAAUAUUCUCAGCCUCGCCUUGCCCCUCACACUGCUCAGGAAGUCCAUCCAAAACAUUAUCCCAAGCCAAUCUACUCCUACAGCUGCUUGAUUGCAAUGGCAUUAAAGAACAGUAAAACGGGCAGCCUCCCAGUGAGUGAGAUCUACGGCUUCAUGAAGGAGCACUUCCCCUACUUUAAGACAGCGCCCGAUGGUUGGAAGAACUCUGUGCGCCAUAACCUCUCCCUGAACAAGUGCUUUGAGAAAGUGGAGAAUAAAAUGAGUGGCACCUCACGCAAAGGCUGCCUGUGGGCCCUCAACCCUGCCAAGAUUGACAAGAUGGAAGAAGAGAUGCAGAAAUGGAAGAGGAAGGACUUGGCUGCUAUUCACAGGAGCAUGGCCAAUCCAGAGGAAUUAGACAAACUAAUCACCGACAGACCUGAGAACUGCAGGCGGCCUAGUAAAUCGGCAGAAUCCGAAGUGUCCACACUGACCCACAUGACCACAGCCCAAGGCCGAAUCUCCAUCUCCAAGCUGCAGCCCCAGCCCAUGACGCUCUCUCUGCAGUCCAUACCACUGCAUCACCAGAUCCAGACCCAGGCUCGCAUAGCCCCGGACUCACCGGCACCUGCCCAGACGCCUCCUCUCCAUACUCUGCCUGACAUGAGCCAGAGUCCCCUUCCUCACCACCCAAUGAGCCGCGCACCCGCAGACUUCCUGAAUGUGACGGCAGAUAUGAACACCGAAGUGGAUGCUCUUGAUCCAAGCAUCAUGGAUUUCGCACUACAAGGAAAUAUAUGGGAAGAAAUGAAAGAUGACAGCUUCAAUCUAGAUACCUUAGGUGCCUUCAGCAACUCCCCUCUCCAGCUCUCAGACUGUGACCUGGGCACGGCUGGCCUCACCCCCGUCUCGAGUGGUAGUGAUUAUUCCUUCUCAGACUUACAGGUCACAGGCCUCUACACUACUUACGCCACACUGGAUAAUGUAGCCUCAUCACAGUACAUGAAUGGUCAAGGCAACAAGCCCAUUGCUCUGCUUUAAGAUUCACACAUGCGAGGACCUAAGUAACUUGUUACAGGCCUAUUCCCUUUGAGGCCUUAGGAUAGGAUCUGAAAGCUGGAAAGCAGCUCCUUCUGCAGACCCCUGCAUCAUGCAAGGUAUUUACCAGAACUCUCAGUGUGAUGCCAAAAUGUAUCAAGCCAGUAUUAGCAUGGGGUUUGUAAACACACCUCCCUCGUCAUCUUCACUGAGAUCAAAAAGGAUUUUGGCUGUUGUGAUACAAGAACGGGGAGCUGACAAAACGGAGCGUGGAAUGCAUCAGUUAGGAAAAACUUUACUAGAACAAUUCACGCACUAGUCAUAUUAUGUUUAAACGUAAUCCAAUCCUCAGAACUAAUGUCACGUGCAGGACUGGCAUGCAGAUUCCAUUUGACCACAACAUACACAGGAGCCAAUGCACCAGCUCACUGCUCCAGCGGGCCGAGUCAGAGAUUCCGAGAACCACCUGACCUUAUAUAUUUGUUUUUUUUG